GUUUGACAUUGACAGCGACCGUAGCCGCUUGGUCGCUUGUUUAGAUAAAUAAUCUUGAAAAAAUAUCAAAUAACGAAGAAAGGAUUUAUAUUCAACAUUUUGUUACAUUUCAUAUCAUCCCACAAAUAUUUAUCAGUAUGGCUGACAUUGAGAUGAAACGAAAAGCUGACGACUACUCAGUCGUGCCAGCGAAGAAGACUCGCCACGAAAUUUCUGUUGUAGGGACCAGAGAAAAAGCUGUUGUUACAUCGUCGGUUCCUCGUACAUCAAAUUUGUAUGCUCCCAUAAUGCUGCUAGAAGGUCAUCAAGGGGAGAUCUUCACUGCAAAGUUUCACCCUGAAGGAAAACAUUUGGCAUCUGCAGGUUUCGACCGACAAAUCUUCAUGUGGAAUGUCUAUGGUCAAUGUGAGAAUGUGAUGGUAAUGUCCGGUCACACCGGUGCCAUUAUGGAGCUCUGUUUCUCACCAGAUGGCUCCCAUCUGUACACUUGUGCCACAGACAACACAGUGGCCGUGUGGGAUGUACCUACUGGCAUGCGGAUAAAAAAGUUGAAGGGCCAUACAAAUUUCGUCAAUUCUGUAUCAGGAGCAAGAAGAGGUCCCGAAUUAUUAGUUUCAGGGUCAGAUGAUAACACAAUAAAAUUAUGGGAUGCCAGAAAACGAAAUCCUAUAGCAUCCUUAGAUAGUUCAUACCCAGUCACAUCAGUAUUGUUUAAUGACACAGCAGAGAAAAUAAUAUCAGCUGGCAUAGACAACGUCAUCAAAGUUUGGGAUAUCAGAAACAACCAGAUAUCAUACAAAAUCAAAGGACACACAGACACAGUUACAGGCGUGUCGUUGUCGUGGGACGGCUCAUACCUGGUGUCCAACAGUAUGGACGGCACGGUCCGCAUCUGGGAGUGCGUCCGUUCGUCCUCUGUGUAUAUGUAUCAUGUUGAGUAUGCGUCAGGCGUGUCGUUGUCGUGGGACGGCUCAUACCUGGUGUCCAACAGUAUGGACGGCACGGUCCGCAUCUGGGAGUGCGUCCGUUCGUCCUCUGUGUAUAUGUAUCAUGUUGAGUAUGCGUCAGGCGUGUCGUUGUCGUGGGACGGCUCAUACCUGGUGUCCAACAGUAUGGACGGCACGGUCCGCAUCUGGGAGUGCGUCCGUUCGUCCUCUGUGUAUAUGUAUCAUGUUGAGUAUGCGUCAGGCGUGUCGUUGUCGUGGGACGGCUCAUACCUGGUGUCCAACAGUAUGGACGGCACGGUCCGCAUCUGGGAGUGCGUCCGUUCGUCCUCUGUGUAUAUGUAUCAUGUUGAGUAUGCGUCAGGCGUGUCGUUGUCGUGGGACGGCUCAUACCUGGUGUCCAACAGUAUGGACGGCACGGUCCGCAUCUGGGACGUUCGUCCGUUCGCGCCGUCGGAGCGCUGCGUGAAGCUGAUGUCGGGACACUCGCACAACUUCGAGAAGAAUCUGCUGAGAUGCGCCUGGGCGCACGACGGGGCUAAGGUGGCGGCGGGAUCCGCGGACCGUUUCGUUUACAUCUGGGACACGACGUCGCGACGCGUGCUCUACAAGCUGCCCGGCCACAACGGAUCCGUCAACGCGGUAGACUUCCAUCCGCGCGAGCCUAUCGUACUGUCCGCUUCCAGCGAUAAACAAAUAUACCUCGGCGAGAUAGACCACUGAUGCCAAAUAACUAGCUCGUUACAUUGUACAAUUAAGUUAGGAAUGAUAUUAAUAAAAUUAUUUUUAAUUUA